UUCAGGUCAAUAUUCAAUAACUUAAGCAGUAUAAACAGGUCGCAAGAGGGUUUACAAUUCUCCGAGAUAGCAUGCCAUUAAACAGUCGUCAAAUGAUGUUUUGUAUUCUGUUUAUGUCAUGGUGGAUUGUGUUAGUUAGUGGUCAGACUGACUUAAAACAUGAAACAUUUCUCGAUAGUGAGGAAAAUGUACAACUCCUCUGGAGGGUAGAAGAUGAGACUAUUGUGUUUGAGGUUCGUGCAAAAACAACUGGCUACGUUGGGAUUGGGCUUUCAAGUAAUGGUGGAAUGAAAGGAGCAGACAUUAUGAUUGGAUGGGUUAAAGAUGGCAAACCUUUUAUUUCGGACCGACACGGUGUUAGCAACGAAGAGCCAGUGAUUGAUUUUCAAGAUGAUUAUCAAUUGUUGUACGGAAGUGAAACUGAUGGUUUAACAAUAAUUGGAUACCAACGCAAACUUUUAACAUGUGACAUUGAUGACUAUGAUAUAACUAGUGAUACUGUGAGAGUGAUCUGGGCAUAUCAUCCCAAAGAUCCUGAAGACCUUAUCGCAACCUACCAUGGCAGUCAACGACGAGGUGUAAGAUCGCUAAUGUUUAUGGAUUUAAUGUCUCAAAAUCUGAAGUCAUUACCGGAUGAUGUAUUGACAUUAGAUGUGUUGAAUGACAAUAUCAUCGUACCAAGUGACACAGAUACUACCUACUGGUGCACCUACGUAGAACUGCCGACGUUGUCAAGUCCACAUCAAGUUAUUAGGAUUGAACCUGUCAUUCAGGCAGGGAACGAGGGCAUUGUUCAUCAUAUGAUUCUAAGAGAGUGCCAGGGACUUCAAAGCAUUACGGGAAGUAAGAGCUCGGAUUGUGGAAGCGGCGCUAUGAAUGGAUUUAAAUCUUGUGGCAAAAUCAUUUUAGGAUGGGGAGUUGGAGGGGGAACACAAGAGUUUCCAGAGAAUGUUGGAUAUCGGUUUUCAGAUGUCAAGUACAUUCAACUUAUCGUUCAUUACGAUAACCAAAAUCUUAUUAAAGGUAUUAAUGACAGCUCUGGAAUACGUCUUUACCAUACGCCAAAACUUCGUCAAUAUGACGCAAGUGUACUGUUGGCAGGUCUUGAUUCAAGAUACUUGUUCAUGAUUCCACCUAAGGAGGAAGCAUUUAAAGUGUACGGUUCUUGUGAUACAAAAUGUUCAGAAGAGAAAAACUAA